GAGGAAAAAGCAAGGCGGAGACAGAAGAUCGACCGCAAAGCGGACCAGGUGAUGAACAAACAAAGGGAAGAGUGGCGAAAGAAGAAGGUACCGUACCUGCUGCGCGAUCGCCACAUACUGAUCGUGAUCAUAAAAGCUUGCUGGUGUUGGUGAGUCGGAACCACGUGGAAUGGAGGAGAUCGCGCAUAGCGCGCAAGCACCUUACCCGUACACGCAACAGGUUCGCUCUCCCUCUCUCGAGAUCGUUACAGUUCGUCGCUUUUGCGGGGCGCACAGGUUCCUCGACAGGUCGCUUUACGUGCUCUCUCGCGCCGCGCUCUCCUUCCCGUGUGGAGAGAAGAAUCGGAAAACAACAACAGAAACUGUAUCGAUCGCGCGCGCACCGGAGUCUGGCCCAAGAAGGUCACGGUUAGAUCGCGACUAUCUCCAGCGGACAGUGUUUGUGCAAACGUCGAGCCAGCCGGGUUGGUGGCUUUCUAACUCUCCGCGAGCAGUCGGUGUUGAGGUCGUCGCGCAUAGUUCUGGACCUCUUCUGAGUGGUCAGACUUGAGCGUUCGCGUGUGUGUUGUUUUGUUUUGGGUUUUGGUGGGACACUGCUCUUUCCCGUCGGUACUGCCGCGUGAACUACCCGUGUGCAAUACAAGCAGCGAUCCUUGCGGUACCUGAACUGUUGAAAACUUGUGAAGAGAUAGAGAGUUUUAUGGUUCUGAUCCAAGAUCAUCCUCCGAGGUUUGGGGAAAUGUGCGUGAAGCUAGUGUGAAGUUGUGAGUCAAACAAUUGUUUACAAGAAAAAAAAAGUUCAAGUGAUCAAGUUCUCAAAAGCAAAGAAGAUCAUGGAAACGUGCGUACUGAUUCCGCAGGAGUUUGCCCUCGCGGUGACCGGCGUUGGGGCGCGCAACUCCCGUGAACAAACGGCCACCGUGUGGUCCAACACGGCGAUCCCCCAGGGCACCGUGUGCUACCCCUUCCAGGGCACGGUUCGGAUCGACAAUCUGGACCUGUACAGCUACGUGGACGAAGAUGAUAUUCGCCACCGGUUCGGGCUGUACGACGAGAUCACCACGGUCAACGGACGGCGGGUGCGCCACUGCAACUGGAUUCGCUUCCUGCGGGUGUCGGAAACGUACGGACCCCAGGUGAACGUGGUCUGCGUCAAGGUGAAAGGUGAACCGAUCUACGAGUGCGUCAAGCCGAUCCCGUCCCACCAGGAGCUCGUAGUGUACUACGUGCCGGAAGGCCCCGAAGAGCUGUUCUUCAUCCGGAUGCGCAGCCAGCUGUACCGACAAACGAUGGACUCGAUCCUCGAAGACUCCCCCCUCGAUCUCUCCACCUCCCUCCUAUCCCGCGUAAUGCUACCGAUCUCACCCCCGUCCGGCACCGAGGACGAACGCAAGUCCGUGUCCGGCGACAGCUCGAUUUCAAUCUCGUCCGGCGCCAGCGUCACCAGCGCCGCCGACCUGCAGGACCGCGAUCACCGGGAUUCAAUCCCGGCAGCGCCCACCUCCCGAAGUUCCCCGAAGGCGCGCCCGUCCCGCGGGGAACGCGCCAUGCUGCCCUGUGAGGUGUGCGGCAAGGCCUUCGAUCGUCCUAGUCUGCUGAAGCGUCACAUGCGGACGCACACCGGCGAAAAGCCGCACGUUUGCGGCGUCUGCGGGAAGGGCUUUAGCACGUCCUCGUCGCUGAACACGCACGUGCGCAUUCACAGCGGUGAAAAGCCGCACCAGUGUCAGGUGUGCGGCAAGCGGUUCACGGCGAGCUCGAAUCUGUACUACCACCGGAUGACGCACAUUAAGGACAAACCCCACAAGUGCAGCCUCUGCUCCAAGUCGUUCCCGACGCCGGGCGACCUCAAGUCGCACAUGUACGUCCACAACGGCUCGUGGCCCUUCAAGUGUCACAUCUGUUCGCGCGGCUUCUCCAAGCAAACGAACCUGAAGAAUCACCUCUUCCUGCAUACCGGUAAGUUGCCUAGAGGUGACAAACCGCACGUCUGCGAGGUGUGCAACAAGUCCUUUGCGUUGGCCUGCAACCUGAAAGCGCACAUGAAAACGCACGAGGAGGGCGGCGGAACGUCGAUCAGCGGCGCGGACGAGGAGCCACACCGGGCCACCUCCAGCCAGGGCGGCAGCAUGAUGGGCAGCCACAGCGAGGGCGAAGAGGAGUCGUCCAAUCCGGCGCCGCCGAUGCACCACCCGGCGGCAGUCGCGGCGGCGGCCGCCUUCGAAAAGGUCACCAAGGAGCAGCUCAACUUCUCCAAGCAUCUGCUCUUCUCGAGCUACACCAAACAGAUGCUGUCCGGAGUUGGGUAAAUCGAGUGAGAAUCAACGCGAGACCACCCCCACCCCCCACUUCCAAAAUCGUCUAAAAGAGGCACCCCCCCAAUGUAGAAUAUGUGUACUACUACCUGUAACUAAACUAUUACUACUUAAAAACUACCACGACUACUAGCUAUUACUACUACUACUGUGUAGACUACAGAGAGCACUGAGUGUUUUUAUACAUAUUUAGUUUAAAGAUUUAAACGUUAGUUAGCGAAUAGGUUUCGUCACCCCCCGUCACGCGCGUUGACGCGAACGUCGUCCGUGUGCAUCCCAGAGAAUUUUGUUGCCUACAUUAUUACGAAAAAAAGAAACAUUAUUAUAUUAUUACGCAAAAAAAAUCAAAAACAAUCUACACGUGUACAUUAAUUUUCUAAUGUUGUGAGAAAAUCGAGACUAGAAGCACUGAGCGAAAUCAAAGCAAGCAUGUAAAUAAAGAAAAAAAUGGUCGUUGCAAAAAGGCGCACAAAGCAAGCGUAGCAAAAAUAAUGUCCAAACACUACUAAGUUGUGUGUGAUUAAUCCCCCUUCCCCUCCAUGGUAUCAGAAGCUGAGAGAGCAAGAGAUUUUAUAUGAAAAUGUGGAGAAAGAAAAUAAAUAAAAUACGUUGUACAGUUACUGUCGAAAUAUUGAAAA